CAUGACUGGCUUUAAUGGCUGCUGAGCACUGGGGCGCGCGCGCUGGGCAGCGCAACGUUGCGUUCCCUCCUCCUUUCCUCCCCUCCGUCCCGCUCGGGUCAGGCAGCCGUUCGGUGUGACUUUGCAGAGCUGGGACCCCAGAGCGUGUGCUUCUGUCUUCGGGAAGACAAAACUGGCUUUUGGGGGAAGAGGGGGUGUUGGCGAGAGUUUUGUACAUGCCCUAGUAACUAAGAGGGAGAGGGACCUGCUUUCCAGAUCCCCAAUGUGUGUUCCAGAAUUGGCUGCAGAAGUUUGAUACCGUAGUUAAAGUCCAAACCUCUUGAAGUUAUUGUGGUUAACAAACAUUGUUCUAGGAGAUAGGUUAUAAAAAUUCCUCUGGGAAGGUCGCAAAUGGAGAUCAUGUGACCUCAAGAUGCCGAGACUGUCAUAAAUACCAAAUGCCCAAAUCAUGACCAGGUGAUGAUGGGGAUGUUGCAGAGGUCCUAAUUGCAAGGACUGGUUUUCUAUCACCACCUUGUGCCGAGGACCUUGCAGCUUCUCCCACAUGCUUCUUUUAGAAGUUCUAUUCCCAAAGAUUUCUGAAAUAUUUUUGAAAUCUUGAGGACCCACUCUGCUUGCCUGGGGAAUUUUCUGGAGGACUGAACAUAUUUCUUCUGCUUAACCUUGGCCUGAACCCCAAGGCAAGGGGAAAUUACACUGAUUUUGCAUCAAGUUUUGACGAUUCUGGACUGCUCCUCUAUAUCAAGUGCUCUGCAUUCAGCCCUUAUGUGAAUCUUUUUUUAAAUCAAGGAUCAGGCCUGUGGAUUGUGCAGCCAUGGCAAGCAACAGUAGCUCCUGUUCUACACCAGGGAGUGGACAUCUCAGCAGCUACCCAGUUCCUCACUAUUUCUUCUUUCCCCACAUGAUUGGAGGCCUCUCACCUCCAGGAACUCUGCCUGGAAUGCAACACCAGCUGCCAGUCAGUGGGUACAGUACACCUUCACCAGCUACCAUUGAAACACAAAGUACCAGCUCAGAAGAGAUUGUACCCAGUCCUCCUUCACCACCCCCACUGCCCCGAAUCUACAAACCCUGCUUUGUGUGUCAGGAUAAGUCAUCCGGCUACCACUAUGGUGUUAGCGCCUGUGAAGGAUGCAAGGGCUUUUUCCGUCGUAGUAUCCAGAAGAACAUGGUAUAUACCUGUCACCGGGACAAGAACUGUAUCAUCAACAAAGUGACCCGGAACCGCUGUCAGUACUGCCGCCUACAGAAGUGCUUUGAAGUUGGCAUGUCCAAAGAAUCUGUCCGGAAUGAUAGGAACAAGAAGAAAAAAGAUGCUCCAAAGCAGGAUUGUUCAGAGAGCUACAUCAUUACACCUGAGGUGGAGGAUCUCAUCGAGAAAGUGCGCAAGGCUCACCAGGAGACCUUCCCUGCCCUCUGCCAGUUGGGCAAAUACACCACCAACAACAGUUCAGAUCAGAGGAUAUCUCUUGACAUUGAUUUGUGGGACAAAUUCAGUGAAUUGUCCACAAAGUGCAUCAUCAAGACAGUUGAAUUUGCCAAGCAGUUGCCAGGCUUCACCACACUCACAAUUGCUGAUCAGAUCACACUCCUCAAAGCGGCCUGCCUCGACAUCUUGAUCCUUCGGAUAUGCACACGCUACACACCAGACCAGGACACCAUGACCUUUUCUGAUGGCCUGACCCUCAACCGCACUCAGAUGCAUAAUGCAGGCUUUGGACCCCUCACAGACCUGGUCUUUGCCUUUGCCAACCAGCUGCUGCCACUUGAGAUGGAUGAUGCUGAAACUGGACUCCUCAGCGCCAUCUGCCUCAUAUGCGGAGACCGACAAGAUCUUGAACAACCAGACCGAGUAGACCAAUUGCAAGAACCUCUGCUGGAAGCCCUGAAAAUCUAUGUGAGAAAGAGGAGGCCUAGCAAACCCCAUAUGUUCCCCAAAAUGCUGAUGAAGAUUACAGAUCUACGGAGCAUCAGUGCAAAAGGUGCUGAAAGAGUGAUAACUUUGAAAAUGGAAAUUCCUGGAUCAAUGCCACCCCUCAUCCAGGAAAUGCUGGAAAACUCUGAAGGCAUGGAUUCUUUGGGGGGCUCAACAGGAGCUCCUUCCCGUAUCAGUAGCUUAGCUCCACCUCCAGGCAGCUGCAGCCCUAGCCUCUCGCCCAGCUCCAACAGAAGCAGUCCUGCCACACAUUCACCGUGACCAUGCUGGACCCCUGAGCUAGUUGCUUGAUCCCCCCCACCCCUCUGUGCACAUCAGUCUUUUGCUUCCUGGGUCUGCCUGGACACACGUCUCAGGAGGAGCAGAGGUGGGGUGAAGGCGUAGCAGUGGGACAGACUGUUGCUGCAGGCAUUCUUCUCCUCCCUCUCUGUACCACAUCAGUCCUGCUCAGACCCAAGAGGGAAGGCUUCUUAUGUUCUCCUAUACCAGCACACUAUUUCUCACUUAGCUGUUCAAACAAAACAGGGUUCCGUUUUGUUUUGCAAGGAAGGGCCCGGCUCUCAUGGAGGGAGGCACAGACUUUCUCUGAAGGCAGAUCAACAAGUAGAUCUGAAGGACGGCUGCUCAAAAUUAGGAGCAAGAUUUUUUUUUUUUCAAAAAAAAAAAAAAAAACUAGUUACAGGGGGGAAAAAAACUUCUCUGUGGCACGUAUCCCCUGCCCCCCUACUCUCUUCUUCAGUCUUGUCAUGCACACAGACAUGCCUCCACAAAAGUGUUGCUUGCUUCUUGUUGCAGUGAAAAUGAAGUAGUGGGGUUUUUUUUCCAGUUGAGUUUGCAUUUCAGAUAUUUCGGGGAAAGGGUAUAAUGUUUUUUUAAAUUGCUCAAACCUUCUCUUCAUCCUCAAAUUGACUGUGCAAUCUUACCUUUGUCUCUUUUCUUGCCGCCUCCUACUUGUUCACUCACAUAUGCCUAAAAAUGUCACCAGCAAUUUUUUUUAAAAAAAGAAACAUUAGUUCUUCAGUUUCUUUUUUUAAAGUACAGUAAAACAUGGAGGGAAGGAUUCAUUAAAGAAUAACUAUUAUAUAUACAAAUAUCUAUAAAUAUAUAUAAAUACAUUUGGAAAAAAAAACUUUGUACAAGUUUGGAAUUUGAAGGGUUUCUAAAAAGAGGGUGGCAAGGAAAAGGCCAGCAAAACCAAACCAAACCAUGGAGAUUCAUGUAUGGGGUUGGUCGUACUUCUCAUUAUAGAUUCAAAACUGUUACCUAGCCAAGUACUUGAAUUUGGUAGCCACUCUUCUGCGAACACUAUGCCAGGAAUGACUGAGAAACUUGGCUUAUUGGUAAGUAAUCACGAGUUCAUGCAAAGUUGCUAAUGAAUUCUGCUCAGCUUAAACAGCCAGAAAUGCCCAGUGGCAAAGAAGUUAUCACUGCAUUCAAAACAAUUCUUGGCUGAGCUCUUGUUUAAGAAUACAGAGUCUGCAGAGCAAGGCAUAUUUAAAAAGAAAAACCCACAAGCCACUGCUCUAAUUUGCUUUGGUCCUAUUUUCAGAGAGAGCUAACUGAAAGCAAUAGGACAACAUUCCUUGCUGCCAGAAUUUCCUGGAGUGUGAUUAAGUUUCAGCGUUUUCUGCAACUGUGGCUAGUAUGAGUUAAAGAUACUUAAUUUUGGCUAGUCAUGUACUUACUGGCUGCUUUUAUUUGCAAUAUAUCUUGUUUGGAUCACGUGGGUACAAAACUAAAAUCUCACCAUUCUCUUUUUUUAUUUCUAUUUUGGCAAAUGAAAAAUUGAGAAUUUAGGGGGUUCUGAACAUUGUGAUAAAAGUAUUGUUUUGAGCAAAAUGCUUUGUUUUCUAAAGGUGUGUGUCAGUGUGUGCGCGGGUGUGUGUGUGUGUGUCAAAAACACCUACGUUGUUACAUGUUCUUACUAACAAAAAGCCAAUUUCUCCCUCUCACUCAACUCCUGAUUCUUAUUAUAAAAUACUUUUGAAAGAGCAACUUUAAUUUUGUAAGGCACAGAAUUUUAUCAGGGGGAACAUAUUACUUCUUUUCUUCAGUCCACUGACCUUUGUUUACUUUAUUGGUUUCUAGGUUGAAUAAUUUGUAUCCUCUUUUGGAAGAGAAAGAUUAAGGGCUGGACUCUAAAGAGUUAAUGUUGGAAGCUUUGGGAUGGGUGAAGGGUCUCUUUUCUAUAAUGAUUCACAUAAAUAUCACAAACUUGUUGUGUCUUGUGACCCAAAGGCUUGGGGAAAGAUCGCUUUUCAAAGA